AUCAUGCGCUUUUCCAGAGAAGUUGAGCUGAGACCAGGCCAACAAGCAGGAAUGUGGUGAGAACCAGGAUUCCUGGGUUCCCUGAGCUUGGAAUGGGGUCCGGAGCAGUAUGUGAAGAAUCGGAAGAUCCAUUCAUGGCAGCUCAGGGGUGAGGGUCCUCCCUGAGUCUUAACCUAGCUGGAAUGUUGCCCUUGAACUCUGCUUAAUACUUCUUUCUUGCAUGUGAGGCUGCCGCACAGAGAGAGGGGUGUGUGCAGAAACCAGCCAGCCAAAUACAUCCUGCCCCUUUCCACCUCUGGCUCUGCUCACAUUUGCCUCUCCACCAUUAACAUGUGGAAGGUUGCAGGGAAGGCACCUUCUGUGUGGAAAAGGUCUCCCACCUGCGAACUCUGGCAGCAGAAAGAAUAGGAAUCCCGAUCUACCUCCUCAUCCUUUCUCAUCUACUUCCUGAGUCCAGUCCAGAAUGGACAUUGGACAUUACCUGCUACGGAUCAGGUACCAGGGCCCCACGCAGCCUUCUCUGGAGACCCUGCGCAGCCUCCACCGGUGCCACCUCCUCUCCGUGCCCUUCGAGAGCCUCAGCAUCCAUUCCGGGGAGCCCAUCAUCCUGGAAGUGCCCUCCCUCUACAACAAAAUCGUCCGGCACCGUCGGGGCGGCUUCUGUUUUGAGCUGAACGGCCUCUUCCUGUGGCUGCUGAAGGCGUUGGGAUUUGAUGCCAAAGCCAUAGCCGGGCGUGUCCGGAACCGUUUCACCGGCCGCUAUGGCCCCCCGUUGGACCACAUGGUGGUUUUGGUGCAGCUGGGUGGGCGCCAGCUGCUCUGCGACGUGGGCUUUGGUGAAGCUUUCACGGAUCCAUUAGAGCUGAAGGCCUCUGUGGAGCAAGUCCAGGAAGGUGGCAUCUUUUGGCUGGGCCUCCAAGGGGGCGUCUGGGUGCUGGAACGCCGAGAAGUCUCUGGGAAGCAGGGGAGGCCCUUGUAUCAGUUCACCCUCGAGGAGAAGAAACUGGACGAUUUUACGGGCAUGUGUCUGUACCACCAGUCUUCGCCCAGCUCCAUAUUCACUUGCAAAUCCUUCUGCUCCCUGCAGAAAGAAAAUGGCGGGCGCCUCACCUACAUGGGUUGGCGUCUCAUUUCCAAGAAGGGAGAGGAGCAUACAGAGACCAUCCUGCAGAGCACCGAGAUCCCAGUGGUGCUCCGUGAGAAAUUUGGGAUCAAUCUGAGCGGGGACUUCAAGCCAAAGGAUGAAGAAAUCCUGCCACCUCUUGAGGAAGGUCUUGACUGCGAUGGUUCUGCAGAAGGAAGUCCCCAAAGUCCACAUUUUCAGCACCAGGGCUGGAGAUGUGAUUCUUCGCCCUGAUCUGAACUGCUACCUGCUCCUCUCCAGUUUGCCGACCUCGUCCUGCGCUGAGCUCUGGCCCUUGCACCCUUCCCUGCGCGGCGGCGAACACUAUUUCAGCUCCC